AUGCAAGUCGCGACGACAACACGGAUCGAGCGAUCGCCCGUGCCAGCCAAGAGCGAUGCGCCGCCGUCGCCGUCGUCGCCCGAAGCCAUCGACGUUGCGGCCAGAUCCACAGCCGAACAGCGCCGCUUCUUCGUCCACCUCAACGACAUCUGGGAUGAUGGCUACGAGGCUGGCACUCAGAGCCAGUCGACGUCUUCUACCUUCUCCUCGACGGCCAAGUUCGAUGGCAAAGGUCGCACCCUCUCUCGUGAUCGUGAGUCGUCGGGUCUCGUCCGUGCCUGCCCAUCUCUCGCGAUCUGCGGCGUAGUUACUGACCGAUUGCUUUCUAUCCUCGUCAACGCUUUGAUUGACAGAUGGAUCGCGGAACAUCAAAGAUGCGGAUGCGAACAAGGCCGGGUGCUGCACCAUCUCAUGAUUGCGCUUCGGAGCGCAUGCCGCUGAGGGCAAACUGCUUUCGAUCGACCGUGCGCCACCGCAACACGCGAUGCCUCCACAGCAGCCGCCCACCAUCACAAGAGCCUGACCAACUCGCUCGACAUCCUUUACGGGUACAAGUCAAGGAAACACGUGCUAGCGUGGAUAGCCUCGCAGGCACACAUCGCCCGUCGCACACCGCCUUCUCCGUCUCCGCCGCCGGGUCUCACCGCUCUUUUACCGGGCUCAAUCCGUCGCGUCAAACCUAGACUUGACCGCUCGCAACUUCCACCUCGCAUAAAUUCGUAGUACCCGCAUUUCAUGCUCUCACCUCCCUUAGGGUCAUGUUGUUGUACCAUGUCAAUGAUCCCUCGGAAUGUAUCGAUCUCUGCUUCUCUCGCUCUAUUCGCUUGCCCCCUCCCCUAGCUGGCGAUGACCCUGCAGGGUGCUGA